AUGCGGCGGAAAAUCCAGUCGCUCAUCGUCGGAUAUGGCGUGCCGGCCAUCUGGUUCACCAUCAACCCGAACGACAUUACGAACCCGGUGAAGCUGCGACUGGCGGCAUACCGCACACGCGAUCCCGACGCGGCCGAGGAGUUCUUAGAAGGCCUUGGGGAUGCGUAUAAGCGGGCACGGCUGGCGAUAUCGGAUCCCAUGAGCUCGGCCGUGUUCUUCCACCGCGAGAUGAAGCUGUUCUUCGAUCAUUACGUGAAGGUCGGUGAAGAGUCGGUAUUCGGGCGCAUCGGCAAGUACUAUGGCGCCGUGGAGACGAACGAACGAGGGGCGCUUCAUGUUCACGGCUUGCUCUGGCUGCACGGGAACGCGCAUCUCAGCUCGAUGCUUGCCGACAUCCACGGGGAGGAUCAGGCGGCGUAUCGCGAGCGAAUCGUCCGAUACAUCGAUAGCGUCUUCUCAGAGGAUCUGGACCAGGAAAGUUUUUGCGCCGUGCAAGCGGAGCGAUCUGUGACGGGCGGUAUUGGUUCCCUGCUGGACAACGCCGCGCAGUUCUCGGCCGCGUUUAUCGAGGAGGCCAACUUCUGUGCCGGCGCGACGCAGGUGCACACGCAUAGCCCGACCUGUGUGAAGUAUUCCUUGGGCAAAGGAGGGCGGAAAGGGGACCUCUGCCGGUUCAAGGCGCCAUGGAGGUUAGUCGACAAGACCGCCCUCACGGCAGACGGGGUGCUGCAGAUCCGGAGGACACACAGCAUGGUCAAUCGAUGGAACGAGGCUAUUGCUGUCGGGCUCCGGCACAACCAUGAUAUUUCCUUCAUUGCGACGCAGCGCAAGACAAUGGCCCUCAUCUAUUAUGUCACGAACUACGCGACCAAGGUGGAGGACCCGGUGUGGAAGCGUGUGGCGGCCGCGGCCGAGCUCCUGGCCGCCUCAACAGGUGAUGGCACGGCCAACGGAGGGCGGGACGGUGGCGGAGACGCUGCCACCGAUGACCCUGUCAAGGGGAACAGGACGCGACAGUUCCUGAUGAGAGUGGCGAACCGCGUGUUCACGGAGCGUCCGCUAUCACAGGUCGAGGUCGUCGCUCACCUUCUCGGAUAUCCGGCCGAGUUCACCGACAGCAGCGCGUGGGCGUACCUGAACUGUUCUCUGCUGUACUGGGAAGUCUUUCGGCGAUGGCGGCAUCUCCGAGAAGCCAGUGGCGCUGCGGCUAUGGAUGACACCUUGGAUGAGUCGGUGCUCAGGCGGCCGGGCAAGCACGCUACCGUCUGCCUCGACGGCUACCUGAGCAAGGACUUCACCUACGAUGACGAGUCGUGCUACCGGAGGGCAGCCGUGCAGCAUCUUGCGCUGUUCGUGCCGUGGAGUCCUUCCUGGGCGAAGGAACAGCUGCUUCGACGAUCCGCCGAAGACGCAAAACGCGACGCCAAGCAAUGGGCAGCCUCGUCCGGCGAUGGCGACCCGACGGUCGCACACGUCGAGGAGGGUGGAGCAGGCGAGGCGGGCGCGGAGUCUGCAGCGACAUAUCAGCCCAACAGCAUCGGAGACGCAACGCGGCUCAUCGACGUCGUCCGAGGUGCAGUGGGAGCGAAUCAGGUGACGGCCAAGUCGCCGGAGCUCAUGGCAAUGAUACAGCAGCUCUGUCGGUUUCAGCAAUCGGCGCUGCGCUCGACGGCCGAGCUCGAGGCCACGGCGCUGAUCGAACGAGGAGAGGCGGUUAAGCAUGCCAGGGCGGGUAUUUUCCGGGGCCGCACUACCGCCGCAGGAUCAGGUCAAGGCUAUCAAGUCGCAGCAGGGGCGGGAAUGGACGUUCAGUUUGGCCCAUCAACCUCCUUCCUCGCGGCGGGCAAGGUGUUGGCAACACGGCUGACGCUGAACAAGAGGCAGUCCAUCGCUUUUCUGAUAAUAUGCCGCCAGCUCGAUUUGAUGCAGCAGACCGACGGGGCGAUGCCUGCCAGCUGCGCCAGUUCGUCGGCGGAGCGGUUCAUCCACGGCCAGUCUCGAAUGGAUUGGCAGGAGAAGGAUGUGCUCGUCAUCGACGAGGUGAGCAUGCUCGGGGCGCGGACGCUGCACGCCGUGAACGAGCGGCUUCGCCGGCUUCGCGGAUCGCGGCAAGAUUUCGGGGGGAUCCCCAUCGUCCUCUUCUGCGGAGAUUUUCAGCAGUUCCGGCCGGUCCAAGAGAGGUCGAUCGUCCUGCCUAGCGCGGCCAUCUCGUGGGACGUAGACAACUCGUUCAAGGCCGAGCAGCGUCACCAGCACGACAAAGCGCACGCACUGUGGAAGAGGUUCACGACGGUCGUCAUGCUGGACGAGCAGAUGCGCGCCGCCGGCGACCCGGAGCUGCAGAGGCUGCUGAAGCGGAUCCGUCUAGGCGUGCAGGAUCGGACGGAUCUAAACCUCCUCAACUCAAGGAAUCGGUGGAACCUGAACAUGGAGGCGAGCCUGGCGUUCCGGGUCCAGCAGCGGUCGACGAUGCGCAUUUUCAUCUCCGAGCACAAGUGGAAGGAGGAGCUGCCGACGGAGGAAGAGGCGAUCAUGAUACUCAACCAGGGCGACGAUAGCGCGAUCCCGGUGCCGGCCGUCUUCAUGUUCGUGGCCGGGAUGCCCAUCGUCGUGAACCACAACACCCACCAGGGGCUGAAGCUAGUGAACGGCGCGAGCUACUCGGCGGUGGAGGUCAUUGUCGACAAGGCGUACCCGGGGCAUCGGAUCUCGGCCGAUAUGACGAUCCACUUCGGGCCGCCGGCGGGAUCAUUCUCGAAUCGGAGACGACGAGAUAUCUCCACUUCUGCCAGCGAAAAAGGCCGUGGCAACGCAACGACGUCAGCCGAAAGGGGCAAAACGCUGGAGCGCGUGGCCCUCGAGCUGCGAGGGACACGGACGACGAAGAUGGAUGGAACGGUGGUGCCCUCGCAGUGCGACCCGUACGGCCUGUACGUGCAGCUAUCGCGCUGCCGAACUCUAGACGGCAUCAUGCUCGUGUCCAAGGUGCGGGACAGAGACUUGGGGGCAACCGGGUCCCCGAGGAGAUGA